AACAUGACCGUCAAAUUAUAGGAUUUAUUUUUUUUCACUAAUAAAAUAAGAAAUCCAAUCUAAUCAUCCAGCUGACAAGUUGGUUAAAAUAUAAUGAUGGAUUAUAACAUUGUUACAAAUUGCCCAGCCUCCUCCAGUCCCGUGUGGGAUGGCCCAGUGCUGCUGCUCCUUAUCUUCCUUAUAAAGGAGGGAAGGACCUGUUGCGCGUUAUUCGCCAAACUGUCAAACAAGCAAAGGACUGAAUGCAAUUGCUGAAACCGUUGUAAUGGAUUGUAAAGAAAAUGAAGAUGAAUCGUCCUCCUCCGAGGGAGAUCCAGAGGAUUUGGACAGUUUAAAGGCUCUCACUCAGAAGUUAAAGUUACAGACCCGCAGACCAUCCUAUCUGGAGUGGCAGGAGCGCGUUCAAAGCAGACCUUGGAAGAACAGCUAUACAGCUGACUGCUCAGAGGAACAAGUUGUAUCCGUGCCCGCAGUUUUAAGAAAUGAGAACUCAGAAUUAGUUGUACGUAACAUUUGUGGAUUUGAUACAAUUGAUGAUGCUUUGGAGUUUUUGAGGAAAGAGCUGAGAGAGAUGCAGCUCCAGGACAACCGCCUGGCUCGACAGCUCAUCCGUCUGCGCAGUGAGAUCCACAGUCUCAAAGUGGAGCAGGUGUGUAACCGGCACAAGGAGAUGCUGGAGGACGCUACCUUUGAGCUGGAAGAGUGCGGCGAGGAGUCCGAUCUGCUCUGUGACAUCCCCAUGAAGGCCGCAUUUGCCCUGUCCACCCCCCUCAAGCACAUUGGUCUCACCAAGAUGAACAUCAACUCCAGGCGUUUCUCUUUGUGUUAAUCCUCUGACUGUGUGUGGCCCUAUCACAAGACAGACCACCACCUCCAGAGCUGCUCCUCUGGCACAUGGACAGAUGUACUCUUGAGCGCAAAGACUUGACUUUAAGAGCCUGUUUCAUGCACCAGUAAGAUCUGGGUGUGCAAACCAGAUAAAAAAAAUUCUUCUAACACCCUCCACUGUAAAGAUACACAAAUAUAGACUGGAAUGUCACAAAGAGCAAUGUGCAAUAUUUAAUGGCUGAGAUUAAUGUAUUCUAAUUCAACGUGAGGUAUUAAGGAAUAAGGCUGCACAAUAAUCAGCAAAUAACAAAAUAUCCAGUCUUUGUAAAGGUAAACCUUGCUCUUCCUGUUGUUUAGACCUCUAAAAACAUGUUCUGAAAUGCGUGGGACCAUAUUAGGUGUCAAAUAUUAGACAUAAAUAAAGUCAGUGACAAUGUGCACACUGAGUCUAAACACAAUCCUAGUUUUUAAACAUGUAUUGCAAAUCUCAUCGCAAUACUUGACAGGAAAAUUGCAAUGAGAUUGUUUUUCUCAACAUUGUGCAGUAAGUAAGCAAACAUACAGGCACAUUCCUCUGUGGUCUUAUGACUUUACUCUUGACAUCCACAGUCACAGGCCACCGGAAGGUCAUUAUUACACCUCUGCUUCAUGCACCAAAAAUAUCUCUACAGCGCUGUGACAGGACACAGAAGGCUGUGUCUAAUGCCUCCACUUAAAUCCCACUUUAGAUUAUUGAUGAAAAACACAAUGGGACCCUGGCCGAACUGCAAAAAAAAAAAAAAAAAGAAAGAAAAAGAAAAAGAAAGGAAAAAUAAAUGAACAUAUUGCUCAGAUUAUGCCAUUGGAAAAAUUAUUACAGGGACUGC